AUAAUGUUUUUUUUGCUACAUUGGUUAGACUUCUGUUUUAUUUUUAAGUAAACUUAUCUAAACGACAUACAAUAAACGGAUUGAAAUUUCGUGAUCAUAAAACUUGUAAGUGAACCUCAAAGUAUUCAACUCUCUCAUAUUCGAUUAUCGUCUGGUAAAUAUUCACUUGGAAUCAAUGUCAACUUGUAUUACAUGGACUUUACACUAAAAUUUCAUAAGUUUACUUAUUACACUUACAUGUUUUGAUAUAACGGGAUGAAAAGUCAAAAUUACAUUCUUUUACUUAUUGUGAUUUUUGUUCAACAUUACUUCCGUUUCUUUAAUUCAAUGUGAUGAUCAUUUCGUGUAUUUGUUUUCUCGUAUGAUAUUUUAUUCUGUAUAAUAUACGAUAUUCUUGUAUUCAAUUGACAUGAACUAUGCACAGUAUGACAUGUAGCAUAGGAUAACUCUAAGUAUUUUUCAUAUAUGUCAUUCGUACUAAUUAAUAAUUAAAAUAGAUGUACAAAUCAAUAUAUAAAUGAGUGUAUUUUCGUGUUAUGGGGUUAAUAAAUUUUCAUUUGUACCAGUCUAUGUGUUCUUACAUUCGCGCCGUGGGAAUUGCAGUGGUCCUCGUUUUCGAGUAUGUGAUUCCAACAUAAUACUCAGCGACGGCCAGAUAUAACAAUUAGCUUUCCAUUACAAGAAGUAUCAGUUUAUUUUUUUAAAAUUUAAGACGAAUUCCCGUUUGCACGUGUCACUUCAUUAAUUGCCAUGAAAAUAUGCUACGUUUAUAUCAUACCUGUAUAAUCAUGACUUUUUAUAAAAUUAAGCAUUAAAACAAUUCAAAUAACUUGAAGAAGUAAUCAGAAAUUAGUGUCACUUUAUCUGUCUACAAUAAACUAAUUUUGGUUUAGAAUCUUAAUAUAUUUUAAAAGCUUGGGUUUCCACAUCACACCGUAACACAAGAAACAAAGUAUUCAAUGCAGUUCUGAGAUUGCUUUCUGAAAAUUAAUAUUUAUUGCUGACAGUUGUAAACGGUAAAAGAUUGAUACUAAUGAAUUACGUUUGGACUAACAAUUUCGUAUCGAAAUUCAUUUGAGCAAACACAGAAGAUACGAAACAUAGUAUUAAAUAAGUAAAUAUAUUUCGAAUAAUGACUGUCCAACCGCAUAAAUGUUAUUUGUAUUUUUAAUAUAUGUUUAUCAAAAUGUCAAUUUCCUGUUCAAAUGAGAUAGAGUUUUAUUGAGGUUCUUAUGUAAUCACAGUUGCUGCUGUAAUCCAUUUGCAAAACGUUAUGAGAUGGAUUUCAUUUUCACACAAUUUUCUCUUUGGUAAGUUUGACUAAAGCAAGAACAACAAGCAUAGUAGAAUAGGAUGAAUUCAUUUAUUUCGUGGAUUCUCGUCAGCUGCUAAUAACCUAGAAGAAUAGUAAUAAUUAUUUACAACUGAUGUACAUAGUUCAUACCAUAUUAAUGAACAUUAGUAGAACAACAAAUGCCCUGGUAUGGCCGAGAGUGGGGAGGGUUCGCCCUCCCUCUCGAAAUACUCUCACACGGCCACGCGUACACAGCUUCUGCCAGAGAAGUCCUACUCACUGCCUUCUCGUGGCGGGGGUGUUGUUCACGAAAAUGAGAGGACGAUAAGCGAAUGUCCGGAGCUAUAACCGGAUCCCAAUUAUAUGGUGCACAUGGGCUCCAGUAUCCUGCGGGAACAAAUGGCGUAUGAGCCAACUUUUGGUCACCGGCUUCCAUGGGACUGCAUCUCCUCAUGAUGCUCCACUGCCUUGUGGACUAGACCUUUAGGUCAAAGGCUCGGGGUGUGGCCCCCUAAUAAAACCACCUGCUUCGGUUUGGGCACCCGGGCAGUAUCUCAGCACACGCACUAAAAUCAUGAUGAACAACUUGCUUAUGGAAAAUAUUCCCUUCUCUCUGAUUAACAUUGAAAUGACUCGUACUAUUAUUAUUUUACCACGUCAUUUAUUCACCCUCUCUUAUUCCUACUUUAUGUAUCCGUUUCGACCUAGACAGCAGCACGCCUAUGGUGAAAAUUCAGCUUUAUCUAAACGUUCUCGAGUCACUGCCUGGUUGAAAAUUGUAUGUUACCACCGAAUAUGAGUACUGAAGCAGUUUUUCUGAAACCAUGUGCACCAUUCAAACUGGCUGCCUUCAACGUUCGCACACUUAUGCAGGUCGGACAACAGAUAGGGCUGGCUGUGUCUUUGGAAAGUCCUAAUAUUGAUGUGUGUUGUCUAUCCGAGACCCGUAUUCAAGACUCUGGUGAAGUACUACAAGUUCGCUCUCCAUCUGUCGCUUCAAAAAGCUUGUUUUAUGUGCGUUUAUCCGGGGACCCUGUGGCAUCUUCGUCUGGUCUUGCUGGCGUUGGUGUCGCACUAAGCGCUAGAGCUGAGGCAGCACUAAUCGAUUGGAUCCUCAUUAACAGUCGGUUAUGUGCUGUUAGAUUAGAAAGUUCCAUCAAAGUGAGAAGAAAUCGGCGUGAGAAACGAUGUCUUUUCGUCAUCUCCGCCUAUGCCCCGACAGAUUGCAGCCCGGAUGCAAUCAAGGACGAGUUCUACCAUCAGCUAACUGUUCUUCUUCAGAAAGUGCGCUCGACAGAUAUUGUAGUACUAGCUGGAGACUUGAAUGCUCAGGUCGGGCGUCUAGGCACAGAAGAGAGUCGUUUAGGUGGCCGAUGGGGACUCGUUGGUCGCAGGACAGAUAACAGGGAACGUCUACUGCAACUAUGCGCAGACCACAACCUGUUUCUGGCUAGCACUAACUUUCGGCACAGUCAUUGCCGAUGUGCCGCCUGGCGUCCCCCUUCUACAUCUCAAGCCUGGAUACAGAUUGAUCACAUCACGAUCAGCUACCUCUGGCGCGGUUGUGUACAAGACUGCCGCUCCUUUUGGAGUACCUAUCUGGAAUCUGAUCAUGCUCUGGUCUGCGCCAAUCUUACCUUACUUUUCAGUGGACAACGAAGUGACCGCCACCACAGGAUUGAUGUUAGCAAGCUGGUUGCAACUUCUGUUGCCAGUAAAUAUCGAACCGAGCUAGCUUCUAGGCUAGCUACCAUUCCACCGAAAAGUAUAGAUGAGCAUUGGUUGCAAUUGCAUGACGCCAUGAAAAUGGCGGGUCAAGUCUGUUGUGGGUUCGCGAAACGUCCCGCUUACAAGCACUGGGUUUCUUCUGGUUCCUUACAACUGAUUGAAGCCCGUCGGUCUACUCCGGGUGACCGUGAGUUUGACCACAGACGAAGGAUGUUACGUAAUGAAAUCGGGCAAAGCUUGCGUAAGGACCGAGAAGCCUGGUGGUCGGAGCGUGCCAGUGAGUUGGAAGCAGCAGCUGCAUCUGGUAAUUACCGGAAGCUCUUCCAACUCAUCCGAGCCACCGGCAGCAAGAAGUCUGGUGUGAGCGAAACAAUCUGCGAGGAUGACGGAACGCCAAUCACUAACAUCCAUCGACGUCUUGGACGAUGGGCAGAAUUCUUUGAAGGGCAGUUCAACUGGCCUGCUGCUCCGGCAACAUCGGUCAGACUGUCCUGCCCUCCAUGGCCGGUGACGACUGAUCCACCAAAUGAGGCGGAAGUCCGCAAGGAACUCCAACUCUUGAAACGUUACAAAUCACCGGGCCCAGACGACUUACCUCCGGCUCUUUUUAAAGAUGGUGGUGACUUUCUGACUAAAGGACUGACGACGUUGUUUACAAAGAUCUGGGAACUAGAGAGUGUACCAACGUCAUGGAAUGAGUCGAUAGUUGUCCCUAUCUUUAAAAAGGGUUCACGUUGUUCCUGUAACAACUAUCGGGGGAUAAGUCUACUUAAAAUUGCGUCCAAGCUAUUGGCUUCCGUCAUACUUCGUAGGUUGUUCAGAACCCGAGAAGGAUUGACUCGCGAGGAGCAGGCUGGGUUUCGUUCUGGUCGAGGAUGUAUUGAUCAUAUUUUCACCCUCCGCCAAGUGUUAGAACACCGCCAUACUUAUCAAAGGCCAACAAUCGUAGUGUUUCUUGAUAUCAGGGCUGCCUUCGAUUCGUUGAACAGAACUGUUCUCGGGGAUUGUCUAUUGAAGAAGGGUGUGCCUGAGAAGUUUAUUAACAUCCUAAAAGCCCGUUUGUGUGGAAAUAUUGUACCGCCUAUGACCAAUUUGUUGAAUGCACACAGAUUUGCAAAUCUUUCUCCGUUUUCGUUCCUCUCUCCCAAUCCAUGUAGUCCCAUGAUGUCUUCAUAUCCGGUGUUGUCCAUUCCGACUUUGGCGUUUAGAUCUCCCAUCAGAAUGGUGAGGUCCUUUCUUGGGCACUUCUCUAUGAUUGAUUGCAGCCUCUUAUAGAAUACCAGCUGAAGCGUCGAAAUCAGACAUCGAAGUAACUACAAGCAUGCCUCAUCUUCUAUUCAAGAAGAUUUGGGAGGAGCAACAACUGUCGUUGGACUGGAAAGAAGGACACCUCAUCAAGAUUCCAAAGAAAGGAGAUCUGAGCAAGUGUGAAAACUACCGAGGCAUUACACUACUGUCAAUACCAGGUAAAUUCUCCAACAGAGUGUUACUGAACAGGAUGAAAGACGCAGUAGACGCUCAACUUCGAGAUCAACAAGCUGGAUUCCGUAAGGACCGGUCGUGCACAGACCAGAUUGCGACACUACGGAUCAUCGUC